AGAGCGGGACCGGCCUUUGCGCCGGGGCUGCGCCCCCGAUGGGGAGCGCGGCGCUGGGGGACGGCCCGAGGGUGCUGCGGGCACUCACCGGGUGCCUGCUGGGCGCCCUGGUGCUGAGCACACUGCUGGGCAAUGCGCUCGUGUGCCUCGCCAUCCUGCGCUUCCGCCACCUCCGCAACAAGGUCACCAACUGGUUCGUGCUGUCGCUGGCCGUCUCGGACCUCUGCGUGGCCCUCUUGGUGAUGCCCUGGAAGGCGGUCACUGAGGUGGCUGGAGGCUCCUGGCUCUUUGGCAGCCACUUUUGUGACACCUGGGUGGCCUUCGACAUCAUGUGCUCCACUGCCUCCAUCCUCCACCUCUGCAUCAUCAGCCUGGACCGGUACUGGGCCAUCGCCAGCCCCUUUCGCUAUGAGCGCAGGAUGACACAGCGCCUUGCUUGUGCCAUGAUAGCCAUGGCCUGGGCUCUCUCCAUCCUUAUCUCCUUCAUCCCGGUGCAGCUACACUGGCAUAAAGCCAAGGACAGUAGAGAUGCAGGCUCCUGGCUACUUGGGACACCCCGCUGUGAUGUCAGAUUGAACCCCACUUAUGCCAUCACCUCCUCCCUUAUCAGCUUCUACAUCCCCGUGGCCAUAAUGAUCAUCACCUACACCAGGAUCUACAGAAUUGCCCAGGCCCAGAUCCGCCGCAUCUCCACCCUUGAGAGAGCAGGGGGGCAGCGGCCAGCUCCCGGCAAGGAGUCCACCUCCUCUUUACGGAGCUCCUUGCACAAGGAGACCAGGGUGCUGCAGACCCUUUCUAUCAUAAUGGGAGUCUUUGUUUGCUGCUGGCUGCCCUUCUUCCUGCUGAACUGUCUGCUGCCCUUCUGCCAGCCCAGCCUCGAGGAAGACCCUGAGGGACAGUCACUUUGUAUUGGCCAAACCACCUUCAAUGUCUUUGUGUGGUUUGGCUGGGCCAACUCUUCAGUGAAUCCAGUGAUCUAUGCUUUCAAUGCAGACUUCAGGAGAGCUUUCAGCAAUCUCUUGGGCUGCCGGUGCUGCUGCUGUGGGGCACCCAAAUCCCCUGUGGAGAGGGUCAAUUUCAGCAAUGAGCUGGUUUCCUAUCGCUGUGACAGCACCUGCCAGAAGGAAGGAGCUGUGGCAUCCUCAGUACCUCCUGCUGCCGUCACUGCCUGGGUGCAGCCCCUGCCCCACGCCAAAAGCCUCCAGGGAGAGGACAGCAGUGAGAUGUCGUCUAUGGAGAAGAGGGUUGUGACUUCUCAGACACAGACUGCCCCUGGCAGCAGCCCCAAGAGUUGUCAAGUGCCAGCUAUUUUGCAAUUGGAUUGCAAGGCAAAACCAUCCCUGGAAACUGUUGCCCCCUGUACAGGACUUGGUCAGUGUGAGGAACCCCAUUGCCUUGUUUCAGAGGGAUGAGUGAUUAAACACUUCUCACAUACACAGCCACCACACAGGGAGAUUCUCCUUCUCUCCAUGAGGAAGAUGAAGAUACAACUGUCCAGAAAGAGACAGCAAGAAUGCUUACACUGCAAGAGUUUUUUGGGCAUUGUCUCAUAGAUGGCACAGAUGAUAUUUUUCAGAACAGUGAUCCGUGCUGAAAGGACAGCAGCAGAAGAGACUCUCCUCCCAGCAAUCCUCCUCCCUGUGAUUUUAAACCACGUGUAGUUCUUAACUUCCUGUAUGCAUUUUCCCCAUCAUUAAUUCUUAUGGGAAAAUAUGCUCUUGCUAUCCUGCUCUUUUCAGGAAUGUGUCCUUGGGGAAUACUUGGGUGUGACUGCAAUCUGUUCUUCAUGGGCUGCACUGGCAGGACAAGAAGUAAUGGGCUGUAAGGAAGACCAAGGCAAGAAUUUGGAAAAACUUUCUAAGAAUAAGGAUAAUUAAGCACUGGACUACGUUCCCUAGGUAAAUUAUGACAUCUCUCUCAGUAAAAUGACUGUAAGCUUCUGUCAGAUAUGACAGUGACAAUGUUGAUCCUGCCUUGGGGCAGAGGCACAAAGCAAUGGUCUCUUGAGAUAAUCUCUAGUCCUGCUUCACUAUGACAAUGUCUCCUUAAGAAGCAUUGAGCUUAAGAUGUUUGGCUGUGGGGUUUUUGCAUUCAACUAUCCUUAGAUAUUUUCUUGAAAGCAAAAAAGGUACAGAUAAGAAUUUGAGAUGCCAUUGGUAUACUUAAUUUCUUUUAGUGAUUAUUCAUGUUUCUGAGCUUUUAACAACUAUGAUUCAGCAUGCCUAGCGCCUCCUCUGGAGCGCUGAAAUAAUCCUGGUGUUGCCUUAAAAAAGAUUCAAGGUAAGGUGGUUUUUUUUGUUUUGAUUCCCAUUGUUUAGUUUCUAGGUGAUCAUAUAUGAACUGUACAUGGAUUCAGGUGUUAAAGAUUCAAUUUGUGAGAGUAUUUUCCUCAGUACAUUUCUUUCUUCUUACUCGGAACAGAAACACGAAAGAAUGUCAAAAUCUAAAUCCUUUAAAAAAAAAAACAAACCAAAACCAAAACCCUCAAAAAUUAUAUCUUCAAGCUCUAAGAGACAUCUUAUCUCACCCUCUCCACACUAAAACCCAUCCUGGAGAGAUACUGAUAAACCUGACAAGAUACUACCCUGAAUUGUGACUCCCCCAUUGCCUGCUUCCCUUCUGUUUCUGUUGCAUGAGCUUCAGCUGGCUCCAUCCCUCAAGGAGUGAACUGUCCCUGCCCACACACAUCUUCCAGCUCAUGGGCAGGCACUCUUCUGGCAGUCAAGGCCACACAUGAAAUUAUUAUGCACAGAAUAUAAUAUUUUAUUUUUUUUUUUAGUAUGUGUAGAGUCUCAUUAGUGAUAAAAGAUGUUAAUUAAUGGAAGAGAAUUACCUUCUCAUGAGGUUUGCCUUGCUAUGGGGUCUGUCUUGCCCAGGAAUUAGGCUGCACUUACUAUUUAGAGUGAUGAUGAAAAUGGUGAAUGGCAGAGUGGGUAGCAGAAAUAAAUUAAGGAAUGGAUAUAUUUAAAUAAUGUUUUCUCUUGAGAACAAACAAAAAUGCAUGGUAGCUUCAAUCUAUGAAACUAUAUUUGUGUUAAGAAAGGAAAAAGCUAUUUGUGUCAGUGCUUGUGGCUAUAGUUUAAAUAUGCUUCAUUAACAGGUCAGAUUGUGCAUGAAAAUAAAUGUACGUUUUCCUGAAGAAAAACUCCUUGUCUUUACUGCAGCUUUUUUAAGUGACAACUUGAAAUUGGUUUUUGUAAGUGAUGUUGGAAAUAAUUGUUUGUAGCUAGUUGCUAAUGGUUAUUACUGAUGUGCAGAUGAUACACAUUACAGUAGUUUACAGUUGUAAGGUCUGCUGCAAUAAGUGCAGUGCAAUGAUCAAGACUGCAAUAAAUCUCAGAAAUUGCAUA